AUGCACCGUUUACCCGUACAACUAGUCCUAGCUGUGAUAAUGAUGAAAGCCCAUGCCAAGCCCAGAAUUACAGUAAGCGUAUGUAAAGAGCCAGAAAACUUGAAAUUGACGUUACUUGAAUGGCAUCAAGAAUCAUCGAAAUUGGACGUCGAACCUUCGAAAGUUGUUGAAAGUUUCGACGAACUUAUCGCUACACCGCAGACUGAAUCUACCAAAAUCUGUGAUCAAACACCUUCUACUGAUCCUAGUUCUACUGUAAGUGCUUUUACGAAAAGUGUACUUUUUUAACUCUAGGGUAUGAGUUGUAGAGUAAGGUAGGAUAGAAGAUGGUAGGGUAGAGUAAAAUAAUGUACAUUAGGGUAGUGUAAUAAGACUUAGGGUACGUAGAAAAUUGAAUACUGUAGAAAACUGUUGUACGGUAAGCCCUUGAUCAGACUAGGGUAGGGCAGGGUGAGGUGGGGUAGGGACUAUCCGUAGGGAAAGAGAGAGUAAGAUAGAGUAGGGUAAGACAAGGUAGUGUAAGACUGGAUGGAGAAGAUAGGGUACGGUAAGAUAAGGUAAGUUAAGACAAAGCGGAGUGAGAUAGAUACAGUAACAUAGAGUAGAGUAAGAUAGGGUAGAGUAGGGUAGAUCUAAUAUCGCAAGUUUUGAUAACGAUAAUAACGUUGAGCCUUUCCAGGUUAUGGAACGAUCUCUAUGUCCAUGGUCAUGGCGGUCAUCGUACGAUGAAAGCCGAGAGCCAAAGACCUUGACUGAAGCUUUCUGUCAAUGUCGUCGGUCAAGAGGCAAUUCAGGAUCAUAUUGUAUGCCUAUUAGACGACAAGUGCCUGUACUAAAGCGUACUCAUUGUGAUACGAACACUGGUUUCUACGUUUACGAAAAGAGCGUACAUUGGAUUACAGUGGGAUGCCAUAGUGUGUUACCACGGUCGCAACGAGCGUUACCUAUUCGGAAACUUAUCAAGAUGAAUGAUGACUAUAUCGAAGUGUAA